AUGGCAUAUUUCAAGUUCCUUGAGAAAGUUCCACUAUUGCUCUUACCGCCAAAAGAUAGUGCGGUCCUCCGAAACAAGCUCAUCAGAAAGCUUGAAGAUUUGGGGUCCUUCUCCAUACCCUUGAGAAUCGGAGAUUUGAAGCCAAAGAGAGCAUUGGCCGAUCUUAGGGUUAGUGUGAGCGUGGUGCCCCUCUCCAUUGCAAAGAAGCUCAACUUUGAGCUUAAAUCAACAAGAAGGGUGAUACAACUAGUGGACCGCUCGGUUAAGGUGCACGUUGGAGAACUGGAGGAUGUUCCGGUGCAACUUGGGAGGGUAUACAUCCCUUGCGACUUUGUAGUGAUGGAAAUGGAAGAAGACUCUCAAGUCCCUCUUAUUUUGGGAAGGUCAUUCUUGAAAAUGGUUGGAGUGCUAGUUGACAUGAAGAGGGGUGUUUUGACAUUGAAGGUUGGGGAUGAAAAGAUGGAGUUCGCUUUCAACAAGAGCAUGAAGGCUCCAAUCAUGGAGGAAGUACAUCGGAUCGAUACUCUUGCGCAUAAUGUAUUGAAGAGCAUGAAGGGAUUUGGUUGA